AGAGAAUGAUAAGACAUUGCGGUAACAUUGGGGAUCAUUUUCGCACCAUCCUCACAGUUUCAUCGUUUAUCCACCAAAUUGGCAGGCAUUAAGAUUAUCUGGUGAAGUAAUUGCAGUAAUUUUGUGUUUGAGAACAUUAGUGGAAAUUUAAAUGUGAUUAAUUGUUGUGUGCUUUGUGAGAAGAAAAAGCAAUGAGGAUUCUUUUUAUUGCAAUCAUCGGUUUCAUGUGGCUGGUUCCACGUGUUGCACUCAUUCAGACUGAUCAAGAGGCCGAUGGAUUGUCUGAGGAUAAGAUCAGGGAAAUCCAAAAUCUUAGGCAGGAACUCAAUCUUGAGGCAAAAGAACAACCACGUGUCUCGCAGAAAACCCUCGCGGAAGUUGAUGCAAUUCGCGAAGAGAUCAUGAGUGCGGUGCAAAACAAGCAAUAUGUUCACGGAAGUGAUCCCACAAAUCAACUUCUCAAUGCUGCCCAUCUUUGGGGAACUUUGGGAAAUCUUUUCAAGCGUCGUCGAAUUGCCUCUCAACAGGAAGAUAAUGUUGAACAUGUGGCAGAAGACUCUGAUUUUCACAUUCAAUUCCCUCAUUUAACACAGAUAUAUCGGGAAGUCCUUCAAUUGGACUCUGUGGAGGAGGAUAUGAGCUUUGAUUUGGGCGACAAUGUUGUCUAUUGGAAAACUCUGCAUCAGCGAAAACUGGGAAAACACUCUCUUAUCGGUAUCACUAAUUCCAGUGUGGUGUUGCUGAAUGAGACAGAUGGGCACUAUGAAUUCUUGAAGGAGCUGGAACUCCCUUCGAAGCCCACAAAUCUCGAGGGAUUCGUUCAGUGGGAUGUGAAUGAUAGAGCAGCUGAGGGAAUUGUGUUAGUUAGUAUUGCCAAUGAACUACUUUGGAUUGAUUUGGGAACAGAUUUCGAUGAACUUACAAUAACCUGGCGAUGGAAUCUCCAUAAGAAUAUCACGGAAGUGGAUUUUUUCUCAUUAAUGGAUGAACCAAUGGUAAUCUUAAUUAGUGAAGCAUCUUUAGCAGAUGGAAGAACAUCUGCAGAUAUCUAUCGAUUUGACUAUGGAAAGAAGGAUUUCUGGCUGGUUCAGACAAUCACUCUUACAACUCCCGCCAAUUCUGUGGCUGUUCUCGAGAAUGGACCCGAUCUGAUCAUUGCCAUUCCCCAGGAAAAUGUUACAGAACUGUACAAGUACAUCAAAGAUUCCAAUUUCAAUCGUCAUUUUGUCCACUUCCUGAACUUUGAUUCCCCUCUUGUGGCUCAUGUUGCGAGUUUUCGCAUCGGAGGGCAUUCCCACUUGGCCAUUGGGGGUAUUAAUCCACAGAUUUGGCGCCUUGAGGAUGAUACUUUUGAAUCUGUGGAGAUUCGUCACAAUUACUUUGGCAUGGUGGAUUUUUGGCUACCAAUCGUGGCAACAACAUAUCGAGAUGAUCUUAUCAUCCUUGUGCAGCACCGUAUCCAGCUGGAGACUCAUAUUAUGACCAAAUUGGAGGUUCUUGUGUGGAAUGGAGAAUUUUUCAGUAUUCUCCCGAAUGUACCUUGUAUACUCUCAGAUAUUCAGUCUAAGUUUGGAAUUAGUUGCAUGCUGGACUUUGAUAGAGAUCGAGGACUUGAGGGGGCAACUAUCAUUCGGCAUGGGAAAAAUAUUUCCAUUUUAGUGCCACGAGAUGAUGCAGAUUCUGGACUCUUUGUGCUCAACAUGGAAAUGAAAGCUGCCUAUCAUCCGGAACAGGAGCAUUUGGAGGAAUUUAAGAUGAUGUACGAUUACUUCAGCACUCUCAGUGAUUACAAAGACAGAGUUCUUGAAGAUUCCAUUGAUACCAUAAAAAAUGCCUUGAAAAUUAAUGAGUUCAAUGCCAUUUCGGCUGAAUGGACGGUGAAAUCCCUGGAAACAAGUUUAUUUGAGGAUGUAUCAGGCAUGGUGAAAUUCGGAGGGGAUCAUAAAAUUGCCAUAGGAGAGAAAAUCUGGACUUUGGAGGAUUCCAAACUGGAUAUUCCUACAAUCUCAGACACAUUGAAUAUCAUGGAAGAUGGUCUCAAUAAUGUAAUGUUUGAGGCUGUAGAAAAAGUUCAGAAUCGGGUCAACAGUGCUAGGGACUCUCCUGUAUUUUCUCUGGGAAGUAUCCUGAACAAUGGAAGAUUGUCGACAGAAGGGAUGUAUAUCCUUAGUCAAGGCACCGAUUCAUCUGACCAGCAGAAUCCAGAGAGCAAUUCCCGUGAAAAACGACAGAUAAACUCCACGGAAGAUGCUUCAAUUGGAGAAGUAAUAGUGAAAUAUCUCGAAGUAGACUCUAUCAAUGGAAUCCCAGUCAGUGAUCUUGUUUUCAGUGGGAGUAAUAAAAUUGCCAUAGAAAGUGAUUUGAUAAUUGAUGGUCCGUUGGAGAUUGAAGAUGUGUUACUGAGUGGAAAAGUAAAUGGCAAGUUUCUGCAAGAGGAAGUAAUUGAGACGGAAAGUGAGACAUACUACAGAGAUAUUUUGGAAUUUGGCUCACUAGACAUUAAAGAUGAUCUUGUGGUGCAUGAGAGUGUCAAUGGGAUGGAUCUUGAUCGAUUCUUCGAGGCAUUCAUCUCACCAGUCUUUCAUGAUGAUGUGAUUGCAGAUGAGAAUAUUACAAUUUCCGGAGAUCUUACCUUUACCACAAUCAACGGAGUCAAUUGGGAACAAUUCAUCCAGAAGAUUGUCAUGACGAAUCUCCCAAUCAGGCUCGGGGAAAUGCGAGUUAAAGGGGAAGUGUCCUUUAUGGAUGCCUCAAGAAUUGAUAUGCUCAACAAAAAUAUUUUCCCAGAUUCAUUUUUAUGGGCAUCCAAUGGUACUUCUGAUAGACCCUCCUCGGUAGUUAUUACCGGUCAGAAGAAAUUCAAGACACUCGUUGCUUCUUUCGUGGAUGCGGAGGGAACGAUAAAUGGAGUGGCAGUAGACAAUGUGAUCACUAUUAAUUCUGACCAACACAUCCCGGGAAAUACGACUUUCAGUGAUCUGCAAGUUGUGGGGAAUUUGGAAAUUGAUGGGAAAGUCCAUGGGAAGCAUUUGGAUAAGUUUCUGGAGAAUCCAACAUUACUGGAGACCAAAUUUGUGAGAUCAGCUUGUGUGUUUCGCGAUUUGAGAGUUGAGGGUAACAUCAUAGUCAAUAAGUCUGUCAAUGAAAUUGAUCUUGAGAAACUUUUGAGUGAUGCUAUUUAUACAACAGACAGCACUAUCAAUGUGACCUCUUUUAAGUCAUUUGAUAAUGUGAUCUUCAACUCUGGGAUUACACUGACGUCGAAUAUUUUGAAUGGUGUUUCCCUCAAUGACUAUGUCACCAAAGACACAGAACAGGAACUCUCUAUCAAGGAGAUAAACGGUGAUAUCUAUUUCCAUUCACUGGAUCUCGAUGGUUUGUUCAAUUCUGUGAAUAUCACAGAAUUGGAUUACAACACAAUCAAAUUAUCCGGUCAACAGCAUACGGAGGCGGAGAUUAUAUUUGAGAAUGACGAUCUGGGAGACUUUGUAGAUGUUGUGGCCGGAAAUCUAGAAAUCACUGAUACAAUCAAUGGUUUUAAAAAGCACGAUUUAAUUGAUAUCAGUGAUGAUUUUGUUCUCAAUGCUGAAGUGGAAUUCGAGAAGCUCAGUGUUGAUCAUAUGGAGAUGCAUGGCAAUUUAACUGGAGAAUUUCUGGUCAAUGACAUCAAUUUGGAUGAUUUCUAUCGACGACGAUUGAGUUUGUCCGGAGAACAGACCAUUGAUGCACCUUUUUACAUUGAACAUGCACAAAUUGAUUCACUCAAUGUCAGCAGAAUCAAUAAUUUCUCAAUUGAUCACAUUGAAAGUCUCCUGACGAUUGCUGAGAAUCUCGAAGAAGUCAUUAAGUCCGGAGUGGUGCCCAUUGAUUUUCUCACAGUUCAUGGAAAUGUAAAUUUAGAGAUGGUUAAUGGGCAGAAUUUCAGUGAUCUUGCAGCAAAUGCCAUUUGGCUCAAUGAAACAAAUGUCUUCAGUAGCGAAGUGAACUUCCUGGACAAGGUCAUAUUUCACAGGGAUUUGUUCUUAGAGGGGAAACUCAAUGAGAAAGAUAUUGAGUAUUUUAUUGAGAACAUUGUGCAGAAAUCAAAUGAUUCCAUUAUUCUUUCUGGUCACAAGACCUUCAAAAAGGGUCUAUAUUCCAUUGGGGAUGUUAAUGUGGACACUAUAAAUAGCCUCAAUGUAUCCAGCAUGCUGACCCAGAACAAAAACAAUGUAAUUCACGGUGAUCUUGUUAUCAGUGGAAAUUUAACAGUUAAAAAGUUGAUAUUCAAUGGAAAGAUAAAUGGAUAUCCAGUAUCCAAUCUCAUGAACAUCUACUCGUACGAUCCUAUUGAAAAUUUCCAUCAUAUUUAUGAAGAUAUUCACUUCGCGGAUCAUCCCUAUGUUCACAAUUUAGUGGUUGAUGGAUGUCUCAAUAAUUUAGAGAAUGUAACAGAAUUUAUGCAAGGCAUACAGAUGAAGAAUCAAAAAUCCUACAAUAUAACAGGAAGAAAAAUCUUCCUGAAGGAUGUCAUCAUUGAAAAUUCUCUCCAUGUAAACCUUGUCAAUGGCAUUGACUUUCAGGAUUUCGUGGACAAUGUCGUGCUCAUUGAUGAUCCGCAAAGUACUGCGGAAAUUCAUGGCAAUGUGACCUACCUCAGUGAAAUUAUUGAGAGUCCAGAGGUUUUUGUUAGGGGAAACCUCACAGCAGACACCAUUAUGGGAUGCAGUCCUGAUCAUUUCAUCAGUGAAGCUGUUUGGAAGGACAAAGAUAUGGAGCUGCCCAUGAAUAUUACUUUUGACCGAGGAGCCCUCAAUGUAGAAUCAAUUGAGAGUGAUUUCCUAAAUGGAAUUCCCAUGUCCAAAUUCAUUACUCUUCACACUGAGCAGGAGAUUGAAGACAUUCUCGUGAUGCCUAACAUGGUGGUUAAUCAACCAAUUAGAGUCGAUGGGUUUGUCAAUGGAAAGAAAUUGCCGGAAGAGCAUGAGAAUACCCUUAUGAUAUAUGGUGAUCAAAUAGUGGAGACUUCAGUAAGUUUCCACCAGGCUCGUGUGCUCAAUUCUCUGACCACAACUGGCUUGGUGAACAAUCAGAACAUAAGAAAUGUUGCUUUUCUCAAUUCUGACCUUAUGAUCACAACUCCUGUGUCUUUUAAUCAUCUGAAAGUGAAGAAUGUCUUUACUGAUCACAUCAUUUCGGGAAUUAAUUUCACUGAAUGGUAUGAAGGUGUUCUGUGGAGGAAGAGAAAUUUCAAUCAGACUGUAAGUGGGCGGUGGGUGUUCAAAAACUUCCACAUUGAGGAAUCUCUCGAAGGGGAUGGAUCAAUAGAUAAAAUUGAUUUUGUCCACAUGAUGGCCCACUUUAGUGAAAAUCGACAUAAAUUGGCAGAGAAGGUGGAGCAUACGGAAAAGUUAUAUUAUGAAUUUUGCCACAAAUUUAAUGAUCUCUUGCACAAGAGUCACCACGAUAUUUGCUUCUUCCGGUAUUUUGAGCAAGACUUUACUAUCAGGGAGCAUGGUGAAAAAAUCAAUUCACACUUGUUCUAUGAGAACAAUGGGCAGAAUUUCUUUAUCCACUCAGUUGGAUGUCGCAGUAAACUCCAUCAGUGGAGCUCUACUGAUAAACGUUUCAAUCUUCUGGUUACAAUUAACACGGGGCAAAUUGAUGAGUGGAUUCAUGUGGAGGAUUCACUGGGACAUGCUCAUUUAGUGGCAAAUGGUCCGGUAAAUCCAAAGUGCAAUGAAACUGGUAGUUCUGUGUGGAAAUGGACUGGGUCAAAUCUGUUCAGAGUGACCCAAAUGGAUCAGCAUUUCAAUACCAUCUUGCGAAGUGCUCUCCAUCCUGGCCAUUUUUAUGCCAUUGAUGGCAAAAAUGUGGUCACUGAGUAUGAUAUCAAGGGAAAAGCUGGGGAAAAAUGGGAGACAUUCCUGGGUUCUACACUGAGAUUUAUUCCACCGGAAGUUACUUCUGGUCUGGCAGUCACUGAUGGAAAACGCAUUAAAGUUAUUCAGGAUAGGUAUGCUAGAAGAAGAAAAAGAGUUACUCGAUCUACGGAUACUACAGUCAGUGACUACAUGACACUGGGAGAAGAUUCCGGGGAUUCUUUUGUAAAUUUACUGAUGAAGUACAGUGACAUGAUCAAGAGUAACAAAACUUUGAAUACCAGUGAAUCAUUUGAUCAGAACAUCUUCGAAAAUGAGAUUGUCGGAGACAAAUUAUUUGACAGAUUUCAGGAUUUAAUGAAACAGGGAUCAAAGACAUUCGUUGAUACGUCUUUCAAGAUCAUGGAAAUUCUCAAUAGGUAUGAAAAAAAGGAUGAGGAAGAAAAUAAGGGAUACAAUGAAUAUGUUGGUGAUGCAGCUGAAAAUUCAACAAAUCCUGGAGAUUUUAUAACGAAGGAGGAGUUUCUCAACACUCUUAGAUAUGUUUUGCUGAAAAAGAAAUUCCUCAUUGAUGUUGCCAUGGGUGCUCUAUCAGAAGUUGAUCCUCCGGCUGAUGAGAACUCCACUCUGAGCGUGAUUAAGGUCAAUGCAACUGAUCUAAGGAGUGCAGAAUUGGAAGAAAUGGCUGAAGAUGCUAUUGAUUUCUGGUUGAUGGAACUUUUGAUGAAUGAUAAAAUCAAUGAGAUCGAUGGGGAAGAAGUGAAGGAACCUCUUGAGGAAGUUCACUUGAUUCAGAGUUUGCAGAAAUUGAAUAAAACAGGAAAUGAUGCAUCCGAGAACUUCUUCAGUAACUCGACUCCACUUCAUGUAAAUUUCCCAGAAGAACAAAAUCUAACUGCUUCAAUUGUAUCCUCAGACCCAAUGAUCAUCUACUCAGAGGGUGAUCCGUCAUUUGAGGAGCUUACAGGAGAAUUUGUCGCUCUAACCGUUGGACAUCCACUUUACCGGAGGAAACUCAUUGCUGCUGCCUCGAGAAGGAAAAGCACCAUUCGAGGACCGCAUGAUGUGAUCAAUCUGUAUGAGAAUCGCAUUGGAGGUACUAUCUUCCAGACCCUGUCAUGCCAGAAUCCUACUGGUCUUACAGCCCUGCAUCUCAGGGAUGAGACUCUCCUGAUCUUCGUGGAGGCAGGUGUAGAUGUUCAAAUUUAUAGCUAUCAGGGUAUUAUGGGAUUCAAAAAAAUAUCCCAGUUUCACAUAAACUCUCCAGCACUUCAUCUCACCACGAUUUCUCUGCCAGUCGAUGGGGAUUACCGAGUGAAUUACUUGGUAGUGACAACGAAGGAGGAAAUAUUAUUCUUGGAAGCCAAAAUGAUGGGAAACUGUCGUGUUGAUGUGGAAGUGAAUUGCGAUGAGUGAGCAAAUACCAAAAUUAGAUGCCGGGGGGGAUGGGUGUGUGAAAUGCCUCUCAGCUGUUUAUCAUCUUUAUACCUUCUAUAUUUAUCCAGUUAGUUCAAUCUUCCAAAUAUUUAUACUAAUAAGCUCGGAGAGUGUCGUAAAUUGUACACUUUGGUCUCCAAUAAAAUGCCUCUUGAAAAGUUGUUGGCUGGUCAAGAGGAUGACUUCAUUGUA